AUGCAGCGUGGUCUCCCCAUGCAACCGACCGUCGUCCUUCUUCGUGAGGGUACAGACACUUCGCAAGGAAAUCCUCAGCUGCUUUCCAACAUUUCUGCAUGCCUGGCCGUAGCGGAAACAUUGUCCAGUACUCUCGGUCCCCGGGGAAUGGACAAACUCAUUGUUUCCGAACGCGGUGAGGCCCAGAUCACAAACGAUGGUGCUACCAUCCUUAAGCUCCUGGAUGUCGUACACCCCGCUGCUCGAACUCUCGUCGACAUCGCUCGCGCUCAGGACGCUGAAGUGGGGGACGGGACGACAAGUGUGGUGCUACUCGCAGCCCAGCUAUUAAAGGAGGUCAGAGGUUACAUCGAAGAAGGCGUCAGUCCGCAUAUCAUCAUGAAAGGCUUUAGGAAGGCUUCCCAGAUCGCUAUUGAACGAAUCAAAUCGAUACAAGUCUCAGUGGAUAAAGCUGAUCCAGAGCGAUUCCGAUCUCUACUUUUAAAAUGUGCAUCAACGUCCAUGUCUUCAAAACUAAUUCACUCCGAAAAACCCUUCUUCUCCAACAUAGUCGUAGACGCCGUUCAAUGCCUUGACCAGGACGAACUGGACGAAUCUCUUAUUGGAGUAAAAAAAAUCGCCGGUGGUGGGAUGCAAGAUUCUCUUCUCAUAAAAGGUGUUUCAUUCAAGAAAACAUUCACCUACGCUGGUGCAGAACAGCAGCCCAAAUCUUUCCGCGAUCCCCUUAUUUUAUGUCUCAACGUCGAGUUGGAGCUCAAGGCUGAGAAGGAUAACGCCGAAGUGCGGGUGGAAGCUGUUUCUGACUACCAGGCCAUCGUAGACGCUGAGUGGGAGAUCAUCUAUCGGAAGUUAGAAGCUAUCGAGAACACCGGCGCCAAGGUCGUUCUCAGUAAACUUCCAAUCGGUGAUCUGGCGACUCAGUAUUUUGCGGAUCGAGAUAUAUUCUGUGCUGGACGUGUUGCAGCCGGUGAUCUCCGCCGGGUCGUGCAGGCUGUAGGCGGUUCUAUCCAGUCAACUUGUUCUGACAUCACACGGGAGCACCUUGGCACAUGCGGGCGAUUUGAAGAGAGGCAAAUAGGUGGUGAAAGAUAUAACGUAUUCGAAGACUGCCCCAAGGCAAAAACUUGCACUCUUCUUCUUCGUGGUGGUGCCGAACAGUUCAUUGAGGAAGUGGAGAGAAGUCUGCACGAUGCAAUCAUGGUGGUGAAGCGUGCUAUUCGGAAUGGGGAUGUUGUCGCAGGAGGAGGUGCAAUCGAGAUGGACUUGUCUGCCCAUAUCCGAAAGCACGCGCUCUCCAUCCCCGGAAAGCAGCAGCUGAUAAUGACUGCCUUCGCAAAGGCUUUAGAGAUUAUCCCCCGUCAAAUUUGCGACAACGCAGGUCUCGAUUCCACUGAUGUUCUCAACAAACUGCGGAUGAAGCACGCGAACGGUGACAAAUGGGUCGGUGUUGACGUCGACGGAGCCACUGGCAUCCGGGACAACAUGGACGCGUUUGUGUGGGAACCAAGUCUGGUCAAACUUAAUGCGAUUAGCAGUGCUACUGAAGCAGCCUGUUUGAUAUUAAGUGUUGAUGAGACUGUAAGGAAUCCGCAAAGUGAACAGCAAAACACGGGCCCGAAAGCACCGCCGGGUACUGCACAAAGAGCGCUGAGGGGAAGGGGAAGGGGUAUGCCUCGUCGGUAA